GUAGAGGGGCGCGGAGGGGCGGAAGGGGAUGUCGUCUCCAGUGCGGUCUUCAGGGCCGUGUGGCUGCGGUCUGGCUGCCGGGGCUGCACUUUAAGGAGCAUGUCUUGGCGAACCCUAGCAGUCGCUGUGUAAUGGACUUUAGCGCUUCUUCACUGGAAUUCCAGACGGCGACCCGCGGGGCUUCGGCGGCGCGGUCCGUGUGAGGCCGGGCCGCAGGCCCACUGCCCUGUGCUGGGCAGAGGGACGCCGUGCAGAGCGACGCAGAGCGUUUUCUCAGGUGAACGAAGGUGAUGGGGAAAGGACUCCUUCCAGCUUUUUCUGUGAAAGCAUUACAGAAGAAAUGGCAAGAAGUCUUUUGAAGACAUCGCCUAACCCUGUAAAGACAAAAUUGCUGCAUCAGAUAGGAUUGUCACUUUAUAAUACUUCUCAUGGCUUCCAUGAAGAAGAAGUGAAAAAAAAACUUGAACAGUUUCCUGGUGGAUCUGUUGACCUUCAGAAGGAAAACAAUGGCAUUGGCAUUCUUACGCUGAACAAUCCAAGUAAAAUGAAUGCCUUCUCAGGCGUUAUGAUGCUACAACUUCUAGAAAAAGUGAUUGAGUUGGAAAACUGGACAGAGGGGAAAGGUCUCAUCAUCCGUGGGGCAAAAAAUACUUUUUCUUCAGGAUCUGAUCUGAAUGCUGUGAAAGCACUAGGAACUCCAGAGGAUGGAGUGGCCUUAUGCAUGUUCAUGCAAAACACCUUAACACGAUUUAUGAGACUUCCUUUAAUAAGUGUUGCACUGGUUCAAGGUCGGGCAUUGGGUGGAGGAGCAGAAGUUACUACUGCGUGUGAUUUCAGGUUAAUGACUACAGACAGUGAGAUCAGAUUUGUCCACAAGGAGAUGGGCAUAAUACCAAGCUGGGGUGGUGCCACCCGGCUGGUUAAGAUCAUCGGCAGUAGACAAGCUCUCAAAGUAUUAAGUGGGGCCCUUAAGCUGGAUUCAGAAAAAGCAUUACGCAUAGGAAUGGUGGAGGACAUCUUGCAAGCUUCAGACGAAACCGAAUGUCUCAAAGAAGCGCAAGAGUGGCUACAGCAGUUUAUCAAAGGGCCACCAGAAGUAAUCAGAGCUUUGAAAAAAUCUGUUUCUUCAUGCAGAGAGCUUUGUUUAGAGGAGGCAUUACAGAGCGAGAGAGAUCUUCUAGGAACACUUUGGGGUGGACCAGCAAAUUUAGAGGCUGUUGCUAGGAAGGGAAAGUUUAAUAAGUAAUUUUUAAAAAUACAUAAGUAAAGUCGCUCAGUCGUCUCCGACUCUUUGCGACCCCAUGGACUGUAGCCUACCAGGCUUCUCCCACAGGAUUUUCCAGGCAAGAGUACUGGAGUGGGUUGCCAGUUCCUUCUCCAGAAGAUCUUCCCCACCCAGGGAUCGAACCCGGGCCUCCUGCAUUGUAGGCAGACGCUUUACUGUCUGAGCCACCAGGGAAGUCUUAAAAAUACACACUGCAAGUUAAAACCCCAGUGAUUAAUAUGUAUAAAAGUUGAAUGGUAUCAAAUAUCAGUGUUAAAACUACUUAGAAGGUAGUAAAGUAUUUGUAAUAUUAGUAUAACAACUGUUUGACUGAACUCAGCUGGUCUAAUUUUCAGUUUAUUCAGGUAGUUGCUAAUUUUGAACCUCUUAAUACACAACACUUUUGGCUUAAACAUAAUCAUUAAUUCCCAGAUUCCCAUGAUAGUUAUUAGGCUAUAACCAAAGGCUAGUUUUUAGGAAAAACUACACAAAACCUAUUCCUGGUGUUCUUUCUCAUAAAGUCUUAACCUGAAGUAAUUUACAAAAAUAAUAUAAUGAAGCUUAGAGAACAAAAGUGGAAAGGGGUCGGGGGACAGGAAGAUAUGUAGUUAUGAUUAGUCCUUUCUUCUGUUCCAUGCAGCUGCAUUAAGGAAGUCAUGGACUGGUCCUUCUUUUAAGGAUGCUCCUCACCCCACCCUUCUACAAAUUUGGACCUUAUUUGAUCUUAUUAAAUAAUUGCUAGAUUUUUAUUUUUGGUUAUCUACGAAAUGAUGGCCACCAUACAAAAAGUCUGACUCUACAAAAUUGGCCAGUUGAUUUGUAUGCACCAGAAUUUCCAAGCUAGCAGUUACUAUAGUUUAUGUAGUAAUCAACUUGUCUUUGAUCAGAGACUCAUGAAGCAUCGUGUUACACAUGAAUCAGAUUUGUUUUUUUUUUUUUUUUGCUGAGAAAUAGCUAUCUUUUCUUCUUUUAGAACUAGGUAUAUUUAAAAGUAAAUUUAAUAAUGAUGGAUGACAGACUUUUAUGAUCUUAGUAAUAGACUUAAAAAAAAAAUCUAAGUCAAGGAAUUAAGUCCUAAUCUUAUCACAAGAGGUAAAAGGUAAUUUUAUUAAAGUAAUGACAGUUUAUAUUUACUAUUGUAAUAUUCAAUUCACAUUUGAUAAAUUGUACUAAAGACAACUUGCAUAUGCUUCAUCAACAUAAUCCUGCUGUUUUGAUUUAGGAAAAUAUAGAAGGUAAACUCAUGUUACUUUUCUGCAGAAUCAAAUUCUGAUUACCAAAUUAACCCAGCAUUUCCAACCUUGCUGUAGAUUCUACAACAUUCUGUGUUGAGUCAGUUUGUGUCUACUACUGCUGUUUAGAAAUAAACCUACCAUUUAAUUCA